GCCGCCGCCGCCGCCAUGGGCGGCGCCUCCAGGCUGCUGUCCUCCCUCCUUCUCACCUCCUCCCCGCUCCGUCUCCGCCCCUCCGCCGCCGCCUUCGCCCUCUUCAUCUCCACGCCCACCGCGGCAUCCCGCCGCCAACUCCUGCUCUCCUCCCUCUCUCCCCUCCGCACGCUCUCCACCUCCGCCGCCGCCUCACCCCUUCCCUACAGCUCCAGCUCCGCGUCGUCAACCCCACAGCCCCACGCCCCUUUCCCGGAGUGGUCCCGACUCGUCGACCGCCUCGCGGCCGCCGGUUACGCCGCCCGCGUCCGCUCCGCCGCCGACGAGCUCGCCACCACCUCCGGCUUCGGCCUGUCGGCCGAGGCGGAGUCCACUGUGUCCUCCUGCCUGGCCUUCGCGCGCGACCGGCCUGACCUUCUCAGGUCGCUGCCUAGGAAGGAUGUCGAGGUUGUGGUGGCUAACGCUGCACCGGCUCUGUUCAAGGAUGGGGAGGCAUCUGCGCAGCGGCUGCAGCAGUACCUUGCCCAGGGCGAUGCGAUGGAAUCAGUCAAAGCAGAAACUGUUGACAUUGUUCGGUACUUGUUAAGUUAUGCAUAUAGUUCUUCAGACAGCCACAUAGAAGACAAAGAACUCACUGAUUCAGCUGUGAGAAAUAUCUUGGCUGAGCUAGUAAAUUCUAGUGGACUUUCCAGCACCUCCAGUUUUGUGGAGUCAACAGUCGGGCAAAAUACCUUGUGUCAACCUGAACGAUUCUCUAGGCCUCUAGGACAAAAUGUUGAAAUGAAGCGAGGCGACUGGAUUUGCACAAGAUGUAGCUUCAUGAACUUUGCAAGAAAUGCAAGGUGCCUUGAAUGUAAUGAGCAUCGGCCAAAAAAGAUGUUGACUGGCGGAGAGUGGGAAUGCCCUCAGUGUGACUUCUAUAAUUAUGGGAGGAACCUGUCAUGCUUACGAUGUGAAUGCAAAAGACCAGCGUCAAUAGCAUCAAAUCCUGCCUCUGCUGGUUUAGGCGGCGUGGCACAGCUUCUUGAUGUACCCAAUGCUGGUAGAUCAGAAAUUGAGAGAAAACUCGCUGAAAAUGAUGAGAAGGCAGAAAGGUGGUUGAGCAAAGUAUCUCAACUAGACGAUUCUGCUGAUUUAAGUAGUCUGGCAGCUGAUGAGGAUUUUCCUGAGAUUAUGCCUAUGAGGAAAGGGGUCAAUAAAUUUGUAGUUAGCACACGCAAGACACCAUUGGAGAGAAGAUUGGCAAGUGCACAGUACAGCAGUAACAAUAGCCCUCAAGCACCAGCAUCUGACUCCAAGAUUAGUCAAACAUUAGACAGGAUACUUGGGCGUUCGACAUCUAUUUCUUCGCCAAACAAUCAGUCUGACAAUGGGGAUGCAAAUGCUAGUGCUCCCAAGAGAUUAACAGGCCAUCUUAGUGAUAUUGAUCCUGUUCCUUUUGUGCCACUAUCUGCAGAUUUAUUUGCCAAGCCACAGAACACAAAGAGUAAUGAACAAGCAGAUAUGGAUGGCCAAAUAAAUAAGGAAACUGGUAGUUCAUCUGAUGUCACACUGGCCUCAACUGAGAGGAGAGAUGUCGAUAAAUCAUUAGAUGCUGCUGAGAAAUGGUCCAAGAAAGUUGCAGAACUCGGCAAUGUAAAUAACCUUUCAAGUGCUAUUUCUGAUGAAGACUUUCCUGAGAUUAUGCCAAUGAGGAAAGGCGAGAACAGGUUUGUUAUUAGUAAGAAGAAAGACCGCUCACUGGCAUCACCACAGUUCAAAAGGCGCAGUGUGCUUGAGCAGGCAGACAAUUCCAAUUUCACCCCAUUUGUUCCGUUUCCUCCUGAUUAUUUUGCCAAAAAAGAUGCGCCAGCAGAAAGUACUCCCGAUACAGGAGUUGUUUCAGAAGGUUCCCCAUCGGUUGAUAAGCUGCCGGAAACAAAUGCUUCAUCAGGAAAUUUGGGGAAUAGCCUGAACACCUCACAGGUAAUGGGCAGUCAGGCAAGUAGCAACAUCAAUAAUGAGAACUGGAACAGAAAUUACUCUCAGCAAAACUUGAGUACAGGUGGAAAUACACGGGGUGGAAGCAGCAACCAGCAGCAUCAACAGCAACCUCAUGAGCUGGGUGAUCGACUUAGUGGUACAUCAAGUACCAGCGCUUGGAACCCAAACUACUCCCAGGGGAGGUUUAAUGAUGGCAGAGGUGUAUCUGGCAACUAUCAACAUCCACAGCAACCUCAUAAGGUGGGUAAUGGAUCUGGUGGAACUUCGAAUACCGAUGCUUGGAACACAAACUACUCCCAGGGGAGGUUUAACGAUGGCAGAGGUGGAUCUAGCAACUAUCAGCAUCAACAGCAACCUCAUGAGGUGGGUGAUCGAUCUAGUGGGACUUCGAAUACCAGUGCUUGGAACACAAACUACUCCCAGGAGAGGUUUAAUGAUGGCACAGGUGGAUCUAACAACUAUCAGCAUCAGAUGCAACCUCAUGAGGCGGGUGGUCGAUACAGUGGCACUUCGAAUAACCAUGCUUUGAACACAAACUACUCCCAGGGGAGCUUCAACGAGGGCCGAGACGUAUCUACUCACAAUGGGGGCGGCUAUUCUGCACAACCAUCUUAUAUGCCCGGUUAUAGUAAUAACAAUAGCAACAGCAAUUCUUGGAGCAGCAGCAACAACCAUAAUUGGAGUGGUUCACAUCCAGAUAACAGCACUGCUACUAGCGGCAGUGCUUCAGCUAACCCUAACCAAGCAACAGGCUACUCAAGUUACGGAGGCAGAGGUUAUACAGGAAAGAGUUUAGAAGGUUCUGCUGUGAGGGACCCUGAUCCUCUGGACAUGUCUGAGGAAGCUAAGGCUGAGAGAUGGUUUAGGAGGGCAGCACAGAUAACCAAUGUUGAGGAUCUUGUCAACAUUCCCGAUGAGGACUUCCCUGCGAUAAUGCCGAUGAGGAAGGGGGUGAACAGAUUCGUAGUGAGCAAGAGGAAGACGCCAUUGGAGCGGAGAUUGACCUCUCCUCAGUAUAGAAGGAACCUACCUGUCGUAAGUUCUGAACCGGACAAAGAUGCUAGCUGAAAGCAGAUCUGUCUAUUCGAAUGCGAGGGUGGAGUCUACACAUGGGUAUAUACUUUACCCCAGAUUGGAAUAAUAAGCAGUAAGGGGAAAUCCACAUAGAGGAGAUAGCUGAACACCCAGAACAUUUUUGUGUAUGGUAAAAUUUUGUUUUCCGAGUCUCGACUGCUAUCGAUUUGCUGGGUCAUUUGCUAUGUGUAUCUUAUGUGCUAGGAAUUGUGAUCAUAUGCAUGUGUUGUAACUGAAAUGUUCUAUACUGAAACCGUGGGUGCAAUCGUCAAAGAAUUUUUUUUCCGUCGGAUUUAA